AUGUGUAUCCACAAUAAAGCAAUGAACAAUCAGAUGAUUCCGGUGAUCAGCAAAUCCUUCUUGGUCAACAACCUGAUGCCAGGGAUGCAGUAUGACCUAUGCGUGUUGGCCAUCUGGGAAGACACCGCUACCACACUCACUGCGACGAACAUAGUGGGUUGUGUGCAGUUUGAGACACGUGACGAGUAUCCCCGCUGCCAGUCACUGCACAGUCAGUUUUUAGGAGGAACCAUGAUCUUGGUGAUUGGUGGAGUGAUCGUAGCCACUUUGUUGGUCUUUAUCGUCAUCCUUAUGGUACGCUAUAAAGUAAACAGUGGCUUGCAGGUUGCAAAGUUGGUGACGGUGAGCAAUACCUACUCCCAGACCAAUGGGAGACCACAGGCUACACAGCGACUAAACAACGGUGGCGCUCCUACACCGCAGGCUCCAAAGACUGUAGUGGUGAUGCGAGAUGAAGUGGUGGAGUUUAAGUGUGGCUCCUUGCAGAGUAGCAUCUCGUCCUCUUCAUCCUCCUCGGCUGACUCCCUUGGAAGUGAGAAAGUCGAGUCUUACAAUCGACAUGUGGAUUCUAACACCUUGCCCAACAGGUGGAAGCAAUCGUCAACUAAGGCACGACCAAACCUGGAUAACCUGCUUGGGGCAUUUGCUUCUCUGGACCUGAGGGUUCCCGCAAGAGAUCCGGUAGGACCAUUUUCUUCAGGGACCAUGGCGAUGGGCAUGAGACCGCCCACUGACAAGGAACCUCUGCUAGGCCAGGGAGAUUCCAAGCUUGGGAAGCUUGUAAUGCUGCCAUCAGAGAACAAGCCCAAGCGCAGCCACUCGUUCGACAUGGGCGACUUUGGUGCUUCACAGUGCCUUAGUUACCCACGACGCAUCAGCAACAUUUGGACUAAGAGGAGUCUCUCGGUCAACGGUAUGCUCCUGCAGUGCGACGAGAGUGAGGGGGAAGGGGAUAAGGCACCGUUUGAUAGCUCUGAGUGGGUUAUGGAAAGUACAGUCUGACAGGGAUAUCGGAUUAGCUCCGCCAAAAAAGAACAAAAAACAACCCAUUCUCCGAACUCGUCUGGUGAAAAGGAUAUGAACUUGCUGCAUCAUAUGACCUCAAGAAGGACUCAAAUGGUUGUAAUAAAAAGACACCUCAGCAGUGACCAUGACUGUGUAAUGCAUGAUUUUUCCAUGUCAAUAUUGUCCUUCUUAUCAUUUGAUCACAAAGAAGUUCAAAGUUUUGUGUCCGAGCUAGGCAAGGAGCCGAGGCCAGGGCUGGUCCUGUUUAUUAAGAGUUGGACGAAGGAUAUCUCCAGUUGCCUUCAAAUAUUAAAGCAGAUAUGAAUAAAUACCCAAGAACAAGGGAUAUGGGGGUAUCUCAGAAAAGCAGGGGGAAUAAAAGAGAGAAUUUAUCCGACUGUGCACUGCAGUUUGCCAAGAGGAUUUUCUUCAGCUAAGUGGAUGUGCAUCACAUUGGACCAAACGUUCCCAUGAGACAGGACUACAUAAUUUAGCAGGUGAAAUGAAAAAAAAAAAAAGAAAUGCAAAUGUAAUGAAUUUUUGUAGGUUAUUUUUCUUUUCUUUUGUUGUCGUUUUUACUUUUUUAAGUUAAUUCUAGUGUUGUCGCCCUGCAUUUUUCCUGAACAACUGAAGAAUACAGUACAGCCUGUCAUACAUAUUUUACACUGAGGAGAAAUACAAAUCUAAAGUACAGGAAGAUUUCGUUGUCAUAAUCAAAUCUGCAAACUUAAUCUGCUAAUUGUCUAUGAUGUUUCUUGACAUUAUGUGCCUCUUUUUCAGUUUAUCAGUGCAUCUGUCACAUUUGUUUUUAG